AUGUCAAGAGCUGAGCAACACCCAAUCAGCGCAAGCGGGUCAAGUGGCUUUGAGUCUUGCGGGUCGAUAAUUGAUGGGACCAGAAGCAUGGGGUGGCAGAAAUGGAGCAGCACAUGGUGGCAGAUAGAUUCGCUCCCACUCGGCGACAGUGUGGGACGUGGCGCGACGAGGACAGAGAGAAGAGGAGCAAACGAGGUCCCUGGUGGAAUGGACAUGGGGAGCAACGGAGUGGUCCAUUGGUGGCGCGCCGAUGGGGAGACAACAAGAACAGAGAAAGCGAGACAUGGCAAUAAGCGGAAACAUGAAGGGCCUCCAGUGGGCAAGGAAGAGAAGAGCGGGUGGGUUUUGAGGCUUGCAGCGUCAGUCCAGGUAUUACCGGGCGAAAUUAUGGGGGGAAAAUGGCAGCCAAUGGAAACAGGUCUGUUGUUGAUGCAUUGUGAGCCAAGAGGGGUUGGUGGCAUCCAACCAGCACCUUGA